CAGUCCUGAGCGUUUCCAUCCUCUACCAACCCCGGGAGUUCCUGCACUGAGCUCAGGUCUCCUCCUUAACCUGAGGAGUGAGCAGGCCGCUUCUUUUCACCAGACAGGAUCAGAUCUCCAUCAGCUGACAAACCCGACCAUCACCAUGGCAACGAACUCAGAGAGAACUAACAUCUCAUCUGGAUAUGAGGACAUGAUGUCUCAGAGUGACCUGAUCCGUUCAGGCCGUCCAGCAGUUUACCAGCUGAAACCAAAAGUCCAACAUAUUGGAACCCUGAAGAGACUGACCGUUGGUGAAAAGAGCUCUACGAAAACAAAUAAAACCAUCCUACUUGUUGGUGAAACAGGAACAGGAAAAUCUACCAUGAUCAACGCUCUGGUCAACUACACCAUGGGAGUGAAGUUUGAGGAUGAAGUCUGGUUUCAGAUCGUAGAGGAUGAGAAGAGAAACCAAGCAGAGAGUCAGACAUCAGAUGUGAUCGUGUACGAGAUCUUUGGGUUCGAGGAUAAAACUCUGCCCUUCUCUCUGACCAUCGUCGAUACUCCUGGGUAUGGAGACACCAGAGGGAUUGAGCACGAUGCCGUCGUCAAUCAGAGAUUGCUCGACUUGUUUGGAUCGGAGGAUGGAAUUCGUGAAAUGGCCGCGGUUUGUCUGGUGCUGAAGGCGACUGUGAAUCGAGUCAGCGACCGCAUGACGUACAUCUUUGACUCAGUGAUGUCUCUGUUUGGAAAAGACAUGGAGAAAAACAUCAUAGCUCUCAUGACGCACUCAGAUGGGAUUCCACCGAAAAAUGCUCUUCAGGCUCUUGAAGCAGCAAACAUUAAAUGUGCCAAAAAUGAGAAUAAUCAGCUGGUUCACUUCCUGUUCAAUAACUGUCAGGAGGAGCUGAGAGACAAAGACACUGAGGUGCCUUUGGAGAACGCAUGGCGACAGACGGCAAAGGGAAUGCAGCGAUUUUCUGAGUUCCUGAAGACAACUGGAUCUCAGGAGCUGAAAACAACAGUGGAGGUUCUGAAGUCCCAACAACGACUGACAGCAUCCAUCCACAACCUGCAAGAAAGAAUCAAGUUGACUGAGAAGAUGAAGGAGGAGAUUGACAAGACACAAAUGCAGCUGAAGUUGCACGAGAGCCAACUGGAAAAUGACAAGAACUUCACCAUUGAGGUGGAGGAGUCAUACAAAGAACUGGAGAAAUAUGAUGGCGGAUGGACAUGGAGGACUCUAUCAUAUAAUGGAGUCACUCGCUGCGAAAAUUGUGAAGAAAACUGUCAUUACCCAUGCGCUGAUGCCUGGGGUGCCCCAUCUUGUUUGGUCAUGAAAUCUUUGUGUUGCACCGUGUGUAACUGUUCUGUACUGCAACAUACGAAAGACUACCAGAAGUACGUCAUCAAGACCAGGAAGGUCAAGAGAACCAUAGAAGAGCUAAAGAAAAAAUUCCAAGCAAAUGUGCAAUACACGUCUGGUUUUCUGAGUGUGCUGGAUAAGAAGAAGAAGGAGCACGAAGAAAAGAUAAAGCAGUUGGUGGAAGAGGCCUUCAGUCAUGUGCUGAAGCUGCGAGAUUCUGCUCUGACCGUGGAAACCACGUCUACCCAGGCAUAUCUGGGUGUGCUCAUCAUGAAGAUGCGGGAGUUCGGGAAAACGGCGGAGGUCCAGAUUCUGGAGGAGAUGGUCGGUCAGAUGGAUGAGGGAAGCAAAUUAGUGCUGGAGAAGACUCAUGGUUAACACUGUAACCAAGAAUCCAUCAAGAAGAGUUAAAUAUCUUUAAACAUCAAUCAUCUUCUGGUUCCAGCAGACCGAGACAUUUUAAUUAAAUCUUGUUUAAAGCAUGUUUGAAGAGUUCAAGAAGAUUUAGUAAGGGUUGAUGAAGCUAGCUGAUCUCAUAUAAUCCAAACUGGCUUCAUGUGUUUUUAUAGUUUCAAUAUACAGUAUGUAAAAUAUACACUGUUGAGCAUAAAGUUGGAAUAGUUUGGUUUUAUUCCUUAAUAAUUGACAUUAAUUUUAACUAUAAGAGGUGACAAACAGUGUAGAUGUAUUAAUGAGUAUUGAUCCUUGUAAUGAAUAAGGAACUCCAGGUGGUUUACAGUUUUUUCUUUUUUCUUGCCACUCUUUGGCUUAAGGUUUUUCUCCCACUAGGGGAGUUUUUACCUGCCAUUGUUUAUGUAAUAAUUGCUCGGGGGUUUAUGUUUAUGUUUAUGUUCUGGAUCUCUGGAAAGCGUCUAGAGACAACAUCUGUUGUAUUAGACGCUAUAUAAAUAAUAUUGAAUUGAAAUUGAAUUGAUGUUAGACGUUCUAUAAGCAUGUAUCAGGUGUAUUGAUUCAGUAUCGAUAAUAAAACAUUGUAGAUCUCA